GGCGGGGCUAGCGCGGGGACUUCCCCUGGGCUGAGCUGCGCAGCGGGGUUUUGGCCAAAUUGGGCGAGGGCACAAAAUAACCACUUACCCCUUCUCACCGAGGAAGAACGGGAGAAAGGGUAUGGCACAGUCACAAGGCUGGGUGAGAAGAUAUGCCAAAGCCUUCUGUAAGGGCUUUUUUGUGGCGGUGCCCGUGGCAGUGACUUUCCUGGACCGGGUGGCCUGUGUGGCCAGAGUGGAGGGAGCAUCAAUGCAGCCUUCUUUGAAUCCUGGGGGGAGCCAAUCAUCUGAUGUGGUGCUUUUGAACCACUGGAAAGUGAGGAAUUUUGAAGUACAACGUGGUGACAUUGUGUCAUUGGUGUCCCCUAAAAACCCAGAACAGAAGAUCAUUAAAAGAGUGAUUGCUCUUGAAGGAGAUAUUGUAAAAACCAUCGGACACAAAAAUCGGUAUGUCAAAGUUCCCCGGGGUCACAUCUGGGUUGAAGGUGAUCAUCAUGGACACAGUUUUGACAGUAAUUCUUUUGGGCCGGGUCUCCCUGAGAGGCUCCACUCUUUUCUCAAGUCCAGUUUCCCUAGGACUUCUACAUGCCCAUGCUACACAUAUCCUGUGGCCUCCAGAGCGCUGGCAGAAAUUGGAAUCUGUUCUUCCUCCAGAGCGCUUGCUAGUUCAGAGAGAAGAGGAAUAAUGGCAUGAAACUCCCUCAGCUGCUGGCAUUGGCAGGCCAAAACCACCCAUUACAGAAGGGAUGGAGAGGAGGAACCUUCAGAAUGGCAAAGUUUGUUUCAAAUGAAAUGAUCUGCAUUAUUAAAGAAAAAGUGUUAAAAUAUUACAUAGUAUUAAAUAGCAACUGAUUUUGUGUUUAAUUGUAAUACUCUAUUGCUCAAUGCCAAAAAAUUACAGACCUUUGGGAAUAGGAAAACUUUAUUCCCAUGUCUUACAGGGAAUUUGUUAUGUGUGCUUAGUCUAUCGAUUGUUGGGUUUUAAUUUUGGUGCUUGCUGCUGAGAGAAUAUGAAAAUUAAUAUUUGAUGAAAGUAAUUCAGUAAUGUCAUUUACUCUUUAGAACAUGAAGAAACAUACAGUGAUGGAAAUUAUAUUGUAAUUGACAAUAUGUAUGAGGCAGUGACUGAUGGUUAAGAAGAACAGUAAACUGUGAUGUAAAAAUAAAACUGAUUUGCUCA